AUGAUUUACAUAGAAACCAGAUUAGAACAUGCUUUUCUUCCACAUAUGGCAACAUCAUCAUCACUCUCCUACCCCAAAAAGAGAAACCGCUGCGCACUCGGUUUGUUUAUCCUUUUCAUUUUCUGCCUAUUUUUCUUCAGCAGAAGGGUUAUCGACCUACAAAUCCCCAUUUACAGAGAUUUAACCCCGCAACAAAUCCCUCUCUCCAUCCCAUCUCCUGUAUCAUCCACUGAGAAAUUCGAUGAUUUAGCUAACCCCAUCUUGUCAGCGUCCGAUCCCGUCGAUGAUGUUGACGGAGAUAACAGCACGUCGCCUGAGUUUCAAGAAGAGAGUAAUAAUGAAGGAGCAACUGUGGAAACUUCAUCUGAAUCUGAUGAAAAUGCUGAAAAACACACGGCGCCGGUUGUUUUGUCGUCAAACCCUGAAUCUGAGGAGAAUUCGGGUGAAGCCACAGAUGAGCCCUUGUCUUUAGAUGAAAAUAAUAAUGUCCCCAUUUCAUCAAAAUCCGAUCUUGAUGGUACAAACGGCGGAAAACAAGUUAACGAGGCAGCUUUGUCGGAUACUGAGAAAUCCGAAGGCUUUGUUGAUAAUGAAAUGGCUGAAAAGUGGCGAAGUUGUGAUUUUUACCAAGGGUCAUGGGUGAGAGACGAGGUUUAUCCGCUUUAUCAAGAGGGUUCUUGCCCGUACAUCGAUGAUGGUUUUGAAUGUACGAACAAUGGGAGACCUGAUUCUGAGUAUCUGAAAUGGAGAUGGAAGCCUGAUGGAUGUGAUCUUCCCAGGUUCAAUGCAACAGACUUUUUGGUGAGAUUGAGAGGGAAGAAACUUUUGCUAGUUGGGGACUCUAUGAACCGAAACCAGUUUGAAUCUCUCCUGUGUCUUCUGCGUGAAGGUCUUCCUGAUAAGAGCAGAAUGUACGAAGUCCAUGGGUACAAAAUAACAAAGGGAAGGGGUUACUUCGUUUUCAAAUUUGAGGAUUAUAACUGUACAGUGGAAUUUGUUCGUUCGCAUUUCCUUGUCAGAGAAGGGGUUCGUAUAAAUGCACAAGGAAAUUCGAACCCAAUUUUAUCUAUCGACCGGAUAGACAAGACAGCUCGUCGUUGGCAGAGAGCUGAUAUUCUCGUGUUCAAUACAGGCCACUGGUGGACUCAUGGGAAGACUUCUAGGGGUAAAAACUACUACAAAGAAGGUGACUACUUGUAUCCACACUUUGAUGCUGUGGAAGCAUAUAAAAAAGCCAUCAAGACAUGGGCUACUUGGGUUAAGAAAAAUUUACCCAAACAAUUGGUGUUUUAUCGUGGCUACUCGUCUGCUCAUUUCAGAGGUGGGGACUGGGAUUCAGGAGGGUCGUGCAAUGGGGAAACCGAGCCCGUAAAAAGCGGGCCCAUUAUCGAUAGCUAUCCUACAAAGAUGAAAAUUGUUGAGGAAGUCCUUAGAGAAACUAAGGCGCCCGUUGUGCUUUUGAACGUCACGCGUUUGACCAAUUUUCGAAAAGAUGGUCACCCUUCGGUUUUCGGUAGGAACGUGACAGGUGGCAAGAAAGUGUCGACCCGAAGACAAGAUUGUAGCCAUUGGUGUCUGCCCGGAGUGCCUGAUGCCUGGAACGAGCUAAUAUACUCCACAUUGUUUAACGACAACAUCAAGAGCAACGACAGAUCCGACGAUGCCGAGGAGUUCGGGUUCUUGUCAGACUCGGUGGGAUUAACAAGUCGUCCUAGCAGUGGUGCUUCUCAAGGUCUCUGUCGCAUGCAGGACCCCUUGAUAAAAAUAUCAAAGAUAUGGGCAGUUGGAGAAGGUUCGUUCCAUGUUGUUGAUUGUUUUUCGUGGAGUCGGGACUUCAUGAGAGCGCAGAAGAAGCUGCCUAGGGGAGGAGGUUCUGGACAAACAAAGGAAAGUACUUUCAAGUUUCAACACGAUUGGAUCCCAUUCCGUAAAAUAAUAUUGAUCUCGCAAAAGAUUUUGGAAUGGUUUCUCCUCUUCAUCUCUACUUCAAAUGAUUUGUUUGAGGAGCCUGUUGAUAUAUCUCCUCCCGUCUACAGUACCUCCACCACCACCACCAUUAGUCUACAAAAUCAAAGAAAGACUUUCAAGCAAGGAGCUCUAUUUCUGCUGAAGAAUGGAGAAAUCGCGUCGACGAUUCCGGGCGAAGGCAGCGUGUCGGGCGGAUCACCGCCCACGGCUCCAGUGCUUCCUCUCUCCUCCGGUGAGCUUCCGUUGUCUAGGAAGAGGUGUGUGAUAGCAUCUCUGGAAAGACCUCCGACUCCUCGCGAUGCCAGUGCAGAGAGAGCUCCAGUUACCUCAUUCGGUUUUCUCGCUGACAUUUUUUUGACCGAGCAGAGACACUCCGUAUACAAAGAUUUGCUACCCAAAAAUCUGCUCUGUCGUACCUACGAAUGGACUUUCGCGCUUGCGUGUGGAUGGCCUUCCGGGAUUUGUGGUGUAUUUCGUCCAAAUUGUCGAUGUGAUAUCGUAAAAUCCAAACCCAAAUCAAACACGCAACCCGGACCGCUCUUGCUUUUUCAUCUUCGAGACCACCUUUCUUUUCAUUUGCACAAGAGAUUUUGGGGGAAAUGGCAACAGCCCCAGGUGAACCUAAAUAAAAUAGGGAAAAAGGCAGAUAGACGAUAUAACACAGAAGACAAGCAAGAGGUGAUUCACAGAGGCAGCACGAAUUACACGGCGGCAACGAGGUUUCCAUCAACAUCGUCUGCCAUUGAGCCCUGCGUGGUUGCCGGUAAUUGGGCUGGAUAUGGAAAAAGAAAGAUAGAGGCGGCUUUCAGUGAGCCGUGGGAAGGGCAAGGCACGUGUUGUGGAGUUUGGACGCUUUGGUCAAGUGCUAUUCCUAUGAAGGAAUACGUGGCUAAUCUGGUAAUUGUAGAUGAGGCGGUGACGCAGGCGGAUCGAACGGUGGAGUCGGCGUGCGGAGCAGACGGCCCAAUUCUCCUGCCAUUUUGGAGGGAACACAUUAAGCCGCUGAAUGAUGACACCACAAUCACGCGAGCUGGUGGUGUUGACUACCAAAUGGAUAUUGUAGGAAAGAAAAUUAUAGGCGGCGCCAGCUGGGAGCACAGAGGCAGCGACGGCCGGGAGCACAGAAGCGGCGCCGGGCGGUCUCGCCCCGUACCAGAUUCACCACCAUAUUCUUUCCAGAUACGCAUGCCGAACCAGCUUCAAGCGACCCCAGGGGUGAGUAGUAUGACCGUUGCAGUUGGGGGUGCUACUGUUGUGGUUGGGGGUGGUGGUCUUUUGGCUGGGAAUCUUAUUAAGGUGAUUUGCGCCAAGACUAAGAAGAAGGGCAUGGCGCAACCAGUAUUUGCUUACUGGGAACUGGUACUCACCUGGGGCCCGGCUUUUGCCUCGAAGAAGGGUCAAAGCUGUCGUUGACGCCCUGCCAAAUACCGAUAGAACCGAGGUUUACCGUGCAUGGCUUAUGGCCAUUUGGCACGAACUCGGAAUUCCUUCGUCCGAAUAAAGGCCAUCCAGCAAAUGUAAAGUCAGCAUGACUUCUAUUGAAAGGUUGUGCUCUAGGUUAGAGAAGGAAUGGCCGGAUAUCCACUUUGGAAUGAAAGAAAGCUUUUGGGAGUAUCAGUGGGACAAGCACGGUGUGAUGUUGGAUAUCCGUCAGUUUGAUUAUUUUGAAAAAGCUCUGAAUUAUAAAUCGUCUAUAGAUGUCAUGACUAGAGGCGGUUUAGAAUAUUAUUUGGGCUAUGAUACGACAGAGUCCAUCAUAAAUUUAUGUCUGAAGAUUGGAAAUCUUAUUCAAGCAAGACCGAAAGUGAUAUGCAGCAAUAUUCACAAGGCACUAAUUGAAAUACGGUUUUGCUUCGAUGCCUCGGACCAAUUUAUUGAUUGUGAUUAUUGUGCUGACGCCAAAUGUGGCGAUCCUGUUAGUAUACCAGCUCCACCAGCAGCUCCACCACCUUCAUAGCCA